AACUUUGUCAAGAGAGAGACCUGAAUCGAGGAAAAUAGUACACCCGGUCGAAUGAAACACGUAACAUCGAAGUAUCUGCCGAAGAAAUGUCAUAAAGUAACGCAGCAGAGCUAAGGAGAGAAAGAAGAACUGACGAAGAUGAAAAUGGGGGUGGCUGUUGUAGGCACGGAUUCUCUGAGCGAGAGAGCCGCUUUGAUGAGAGAGUCGAUGCAAAAGAGCCAGACCAUCACCGAUAAAGUUGUCUCCAUCCUCGGCUCCUUUGAUCACCGCCUCUCCGCCCUCGAGACCGCCAUGCGUCCCACUCAGAUUAGAACGCAUUCUAUUAGGAAAGCUAACGAGAAUAUCGACAAGACUUUGAAGGCUGCUGAGGUUUUACUGGCCCAUUUCGACCUUUCUAGUCAGGCAGAGAGGAAAAUACUUAGAGGGCCACAUGAGGACUUGGAGGGUUAUCUAGAAGCAAUCGAUCAACUAAGAGGCAACAUUCAAUUUUUUAGCAGCAAAAAAGGCUUUAAAAGUAAUGAUGAAGUACUCAACAAUGCAAACAGUCUACUUGCUAAGGCUAUUGCAAGGCUAGAAGAUGAGUUCAAGCAGCUACUAUCAUCUUACAGCAAACCUGUGGAGCCUGAUCGUCUUUUCGACGGCCUACCAAACUCAUUAAGACCAUCUUCAGAAUCUCCCGGGCAUCAGCGUGACACUAGUGACAGGAAUCCUUCCAAUAACCAUUCUGAACACCGGAGGAGUAACUUAGAAGAUGCUGUAUACACUCCUCCAACCCUUAUACCCCCACGGAUCCUGCCACUGCUGCAUGAUUUAGCUAAGCAGAUGGUUCAAGCUGGCCACCAACAUAAGGUGCUCGAAGUUUAUAGGGAUACCCGUUCUUCAGUUUUGGAAGAAAGUCUUGAAAAAUUGGGAGUGGAAAAGCUUAACAAAGAUGAUGUUCAGAAGAUGCAAUGGGAAGUUUUAGAGGCCAAAAUUGGGAACUGGAUUCACUUCAUGCGUAUUGCUGUCAAACUGCUCUUUGCUGGAGAGAGGAUAGUUUGUGAGCAAAUAUUUGAAGGCUUUGAUUCUCUUACAGAUCAGUGUUAUUCUGUGGUUACUUCAAGUAGUGUUUCGGUACUACUUAGUUUUGGUGAUGCGAUUGCAAGAAGCAAGAGAUCCCCAGAGAAGUUGUUUGUGCUUUUGGACAUGUAUGAAAUAAUGCGGGAGCUUCAGUCUGAGAUUGAAAUGAAAUUCCAAGGUAAAGCUUGCAGUGAAACAAGAGAAGCCGCCUUUGGUUUGACAAAACGGCUUGCACAGACAGCUCAGGAGACUUUUGGGGAUUUUGAAGAAGCAGUUGAAAAGGAUGCAACUAAAACUGCUGUAUCGGAUGGAACUGUCCAUCCUUUGACAAGUUAUGUAAUUAACUAUGUAAAGUUCUUGUUUGACUACCAGUCAACCUUGAAGCAGCUUUUUCAAGAAUUUGACAACAAAGACGGAACACAGUUGGCAUCUGUAACAACGAGAAUAAUGCAGGCUCUUCAAAACAAUUUGGAUGGAAAAUCUAAGCAGUAUAAAGAUCCUGCUUUGACCCACUUGUUUCUCAUGAAUAAUAUUCACUAUAUGGUCCGAUCUGUACGCAGGUCAGAAGCCAAGGAUUUGUUAGGGGAUGAUUGGGUGCAAAGACACAGGAGGAUUGUGCAGCAGCAUGCAAAUCAAUACAAAAGGAAUGCGUGGGCAAAGAUUCUUCAGUGCCUCUCCAUUCCAGGCCUAGCCUCAUCCGGGGGUGGAAGUUCGGUGGGUGUUGAUGGAGGAAAUAGUAGUGGAGUUUCAAGAGCAUUGGUCAAGGAUAGGGUCAAGAUAUUCAAUACGCAAUUUGAGGAACUUCAUCAAAAGCAAUCUCAGUGGACAGUACCUGACACCGAGUUGUGCGAGUCUCUGAGACUUGCAGUUGCAGAAGUCUUGUUGCCUGCCUACAGAUCUUUUGUAAGACGUUACGGGCCUCUCGUCGAGAAUGGAAGGAACCCUCAAAGGUACAUCAAGUACUCGGCAGACGAUCUUGAACGAAUGUUGGGUGAAUUUUUUGAGGGAAAGAACUUGAGUGAACCCAGGCGGUAGAUUUGAACUAUAUCUCUCUGGUUUUGAUAAUACAAAGAUGAUAUGGCUGAUCAUUGACCUUCAGUAUGGUGGGGUAUGCAUCACUCUCCUUUUUCAGAGUCACUGAUUUAGUUCUGAAGAGCUUCCUUUAGUGGUGAGUUAUGUG